AUGUCUCGACGGGGGAGAAUGGUCGAUGGUGGUGAAUUCACUGUUGAUAGCCAGCUGGAGAGCACGCUACAACAGUCAGCUGCAGCUGCUUCUACACAACCUAGCAAUGGCCAUGGAAACAGGUACUACGGCGAUACCAAUAGGGCCGUGGUGACGGGGCCUUCAAAACGCAAAUCAUACCCGCUGGGUGAAGAAGAUGCCCAGCCCCAUUCAGUGUAUCGACGCAGCGAGGCAAAUCCCAAUCGCUUCAGUGCUGACGCUGCCCAUUCGUACCAGCCACAUUCAGCUCAGAAACGCGUUCGGUCUAAUGAUUGGUCGAUGAAUGGGGACGGCGAGCAGGCUUCGAAUGGUAUUGCUCGCGAAGAAGAAGUGUCUGAGAAACCCAGCCUUCGUUCACGCAGAGGACAGGACGUCACGGAACUUAGGGAGAGACAAGAACGUCAAUCUCGAUUCCUAGAAGGGAGUAUGAAUGAUCGGGUCAGCACGCAGCCGCCAUCCACUUUCAUCGGGGACGAACAGGAGUAUUUACUUUCAAAUUACAUGGAUGAACGCAAUGAUGUCAGAGGCAGACGCGCAAACGGAUGGCAGUCGACCGGACAUACACCCGUAACUCCCACUCUACAUGGGAAACAUGGCAAGAAGGCGUCCUUUUCUUCAGUCAACACGGCCGAUAGCGAUGUAGCCGACUCCAAACACUCCUCGAGCGUCUUUCGAUUCGGAAAGGCCAUUGUCUCCGCAUUCAACCCGCUGGGCGUAUGGGGGAACGUCUCUGAGAUCUGGAAGGGCCAAGAUUCUUCGUCCAAAGGGUCAGCGUCAAUGGCCUCGUUGGCUGAUACACCUCAAGCCGCACGCAUCGAGAAGGCCUACGAGGAAUACAAGGCUUCCUCGGCCUAUAGAAGCCAUACUCCAACAUAUAGAUACGGACACUCGAGGGAAAGCACCGCUAGUCCGACCAAGUUGCCGCCAGUUCAAACACCACAGCCGCAAUCCCAUCGACCAAGUGCAUCUAUUCAAUCUAGCACGAGCAAGGAACUCCCCCCGACACCACUUGAACGGCAACAUCCGCCUUCUUCCACCAAACGCUCCUCAAUUCAAACAAUCAAGAACUCCCGAUCACUCCUCAACAUCGGCCAGUCUCUUCGGAAAGAACAGUCCAACAAGGACCUAGCCAAGGAAACCAAACUGCGGAGAAAGGUUAGUAACUUGGAAGACAAACUUAUGAAAUACAAACGGGAGCUCAGCUCGCUCGGACACGAGAGCGAAAGCAAAGAGGAAGAGUCAGAAAGAGACACAAAUGCUACUGGUCCUCCAACCGCCUCGGCUCCUUCAGCUCAUGACUUGCGAUAUUCGCGGAUGAGGAGGAAGAAAUUCAUUCCAGGGGCAUUACCCUCCCUGCCUUCGGAGAGGCUGCUUUUCGACAAAGAAGAACCAGACACCAUUUGUGAAUUGUCAGAGCAAGAAUCCAGCCCGGAGAAGCCAAUCUAUACGAGAAAAUCAGAGCCACGACUAAGGCGCACCACCCCACGAAUUGGAGAAGCGGAUGUUACCAACACUCCCACCGCCACGAUCGCCAACCAGACCACAGACGGAAGCACACCACCGUCACGAAAACGCAAGUCGCCAUCCCCCGACCCUGCAAGUAUCCGGCGUCGUCGGAUCUCGACCACCUAUAGCAGGGGAAUUAAAAACAGUGACGCCUCCUCACCGCCGCGCAAUGUCCGCCAUUCCACCGAAUUAAACGGCCCGCGUCCUCGUCCUCGCGAUGUACGCGCCGAGACAGAGGUCCGACGGAACCAGCCAUCUCGCAGAGCAAAAGAAAACAAACCAGAAUACCUCUCGGGCUACGAAACAAUCACCCGCCCUGCAUCUGUCCCCGCGCGGUCCGAAUCCAGACCCAAGCAAGCCCAAACCCCAGCUCCAGCUCCAGCCCUGACCAGAAAGCAAGCCCUUAUCUCGAGCCCAACCCCAAUCACUACCUCUGACAAUGCUGGCUCCGACGCGUCCGAGGCAGUAGCUAUCUCGACUCCGGCCCCUCUUCCCAUUCCAUCAUCUACCAAACCACCCCUGGCCUCGAAGCCAAAGCCCAUGCCAAUGCAAGUACACAACGCAGAUACAAAUGCAAACACAGCUCUAAUUCCACCCCCACGCCCCGCCUCGGUUCCAACAGCAGACAUGAUAUCCCGGCCCGGCAGUCCCAAGAAGCACAGCAUUACACCCCGUCGUAAAGCAAACAACGAUAAACCUAUCACCGUCACGCCGGGGAAAAACGGGAACGAGAAUAUCCCGCCCGUUCCCAAGUUGCCAGCUGAGCAUGCGGGAAGUGCUGCGAAGACAAACCAAUUCGAGUGGCCCGAUGACUGCUUCUAG